AUGAAUUCUAGCGGCAUUCAACCCAAUAUAACCAAAGUGUCCACCCUGAGUGUCAUAAACAUGGAGUUCAUCAGAAUGGUGGUAAUCAUUCCAAUGUGUAUCUGCUUCUUCUUCUUCCUGAUCUUUUUGGGAGCAAUGUUAACCAUCUUCUUUACCAAUUCUGUUGCCCAAGAAACAGCUCGCUACAUCCUUUUUGUCCACAUGCUCAUUAACGACACUGUGUACCUGACCUUGGCACUUCUUCUUUUUGUCCUGUAUUUUUAUCAAGUUACUUUACCUUUCACCUUCUGUUACAUUAUCGUCACACUGACCUCGACCUCCCUGAAGGUCACGCCGUACAACCUGGCGGUCAUGUCCUUAGAAAGAUAUGUUGCCAUAUGCUUCCCUCUAAGACACGGAGAGAUCUGCACAGUUCGAAGAACAUUCCUUGCCAUUGCGUUGGUGUGGACAAUCGGACUGAUACCGAACGUUAUUGAUUUCAUUGUUCUGAGCUCCUCGGUUCAGAAAAGCUAUUUCUUACUCUAUAUAAGAUGCAGCCGGUCAACUUUUACCAUCACCGCCAUGCAAGAAGCCAUAAGAAUUUUUGCCCACGCCUUGACAUUUUCCCUCGCGGGACUGACAAUCCUCUUCACUUACAUCAGGAUCACGAUUCUUGCUUUGAAGAUCGUCACAGGAAAGGCUUCGGUCACCAAGGCUGCGAAAACCAUGAUGCUCCAUUCCAUUCAGCUUGUGUUAUGCAUGUCAUCCUUUGGCUCCACGGCUGUAGAAUUGCUCUUCAAGGAUAAUGCUGCUCUUUUGCCAGUCAUUAAUUUCUGUUUUUUCAUGUGCCUUCCAAGAUUCCUCAGUCUGCUUAUCUAUGGUGUACGGGAUGAACUUUUCCUUGGCUACAUAAAGAGAUAUUUGGUCUGCAAUGCUUCCAAAAUGGUCCCAAACUCAGCAACUUGA